AAACAUAAAUUUUGUAUUAGGCCAAAACUGUGCGCCCAUAAUAUACGUAACUGAUAUACCAUGCGUGGCACAUGCGCGGCCUAAGCUCGUGGAGGGGGAAUCUGGCAGCACUGGUUCAACCGUUUAAAAACCGGUUACCGGUUCGGCGUACGCUUCAUUUGUCCGUUGCAAGCAUCGUGUUCGCCUGAGUCUCCGCGGGUGGAUCGACGUAGCGCUUUAUUCUCACAUUAUUAACUUCGUUACGUGACAAUUGUCCCUUCCCAGAAAUAAAAAUGAGCAAUCAGCGAAGACGCGCUCAUGAUUUCACAGCCUCUUUAACAAGCUUUCGUCAAACGGUAAGCGACGACGAAUCAAGUUCGACAAUGUCUCGAGUGUCCUCGGACAACACAUCAUACGAUAUAAGAAGUAAACAACACAGAGGUGACUUACACAGCCAGUCAAAGCAUACCAAAUCUCGCGAAUCUGUUAUUCUAGCAGGUAGCUUAGUCAGCCAGCAAUACCAUUCGCUAUCCGACUCGUGCGAUAUUGCUAAGAACUGUAAUACCGCACACGAUAACAGGCAGCCUCAGCGGAGCGAUAUGUGGAACAUGUCGGACGAUAGUACGUCGUAUACGUCGCACAAAUUUGAUUUAAACAAAUGUAUAAAUCUGUUUGAUAACGAACAGCUUAAGGAAGACACUCUUGAAGAACAGUUAAGCGCCACGCUAUCCAAGACCGUGAUCGGCGAGAGAGUUCAUCGCCGUUUAAGCAGGGACCCGACCGUGGGACGACACAAUUGUAAUAGCCUUCGCCGUUCCAUGUCGGCAGAUUCGUUGAGACGCCAGGCUUUGCUCAAUCGAGAAUUCACGAGAUCCAAGAGCUACACUACGCUCGACCAGAUGUUGAAUAGAGACACGAACUAUAAUCUCAAAGCCGGCGAGCUUUUCAGUCCCAGCAGGACGGUUAAAUUAAUUUUUUCCUUCGACGUACCAACGUCGCGGAAAUCGCCCACUUUGCCAAGCGAGAAAGGUGACUUCUGUUACGCGAAAGAUAGCGAGAGACGCGAUACGAUGAGCAGCACGACUUCCAAGGGGGCGCUCAACUUGAAAUCCGAAUUGGUAAAACUUUUACGCUCAUUGCCAGAUGAGAAACCGUUGAAGGAGGCCACCACGCAGCGGCAUUUUCUGAGACGCCUGUCCGCAAAUUGUCAGGACUCGCCCAGAGUCUUUACGGAGAGAUUGCUAACUAUAAUUGAGGAGUCUGUAUUAAUCGACGAUUCUGGAGAGGUCAGUAUGCGCAGAUUUAACGAGAAACUGCAAAAAAUGCACAAGUUUAUAGAGGACGAGACCGUUCCCGAGUGGCCCCAGUCUCCCGGUACGUCGACACCGACGCCGAUUUCUGGUACAAAGAGAAAGAGCCAAGAACACAGAGCUGAUUCUUCGCGGAGAUCCCGCACUCACGGGACUCCCGAUUUAGGUCUGGUGACGCCCGUUUCUACCCGACGCGACGUUAAAAGUCCGAACAAGAUACGUCGGCGUAGGUCCAGGAACAGUUGCCGCCCGAGAGAUUUCAACGAUAACACGACUACGUUUGAAAAUUUGGAAGCGUAUUGCCAGAAAUUCUUUCCCUACGAGAACAAGACUUCGUCAGCGAGCGAUAAGAUUCAGUCGGAGUCUCCCCCGAGACAAAUGGAUAACUUUAGGCGUGCGUGCGAAAGUCAGAUGGCCUCCUUGGACAGCUCGAUUAAUAUUUACGAAGAGAUUAGGAAGGCUGGGACAUGUGCCUCGAAUUUCGCGAGUCAGAAUGUUCAGACACCUGAGGCGCAAGAUCGGCAACGCGGACCGGCGUCGUGUGAGAACAUAAAAUGUUCGAGGAAGGUCUCCAGCACGUUUAAGCGGCGGACGGAAUGUGGUAGGCGCUACAAGACGGCCGAACAACUGGACGAUUUGGAGAGUACGCUCAUGUACGAGAUUGCGAGGAAACGACAGAGGUGCCUCGACACGGCGAAGGUAUUGAUAGAAAUCGAUGCGAAUUUGGAGUCGACGGCAGCGUCGGAACAAAAGUAUCCGGAAAUCAGAGUCACCGAAGCCUCGCCGACUAUGACCACGAGCGACGAGAAGUUUAUGAAGGUUCUAAUGUGCGUGAAGAACUAUCAGGAUUACUUGGAAGAAUACAAACCCUUACUCAAUCAACUUCACCGAUUAAGGUCGACCUCUCGAGAUGCCGGAGCUACGAAGACGCUCGGCGAAAAGUUGGGUACUUCGUCAGUUUUAUCAGGGCACAAGAAAACAUUGCGGACACCGCGGACACCCAAGCUGUCACCGAGAAAGACGAGCCCUUCGUCGGCAAAACUUUCUGCUAACAAAACUGUCGUUUCGAAGCCAAGACUAUUCGUGACGCCUGGAAAGCAGUCCGUUAACAAGGGUUGUAAGCCGAAGCGUAUCUAUUUUCCCAAUUUGAUGCCGAAGCAGAAUAAGCAGGAAUCGAACAUCAAUCCGCACGCUAAGAAAAUUUAUCAGCAAAUGGGAAACUACGAUCACGUGAUAUCGCCCGUGGCCCAGUAUAUAAAGGGCACGGAGCAGAAAACAAAAUCAACGACCCAAAACGCACGACAAACUGACGCCUAGAACGAAGCGGACUAUGCCCAGUCCAGGAAAGAAGUUCCGAUCUCCGAUACGACCGAGAGAGGUGAGCAACGCGGCUAAAGAUAUAAAUAUAAUAUAAUUUAUUAGAACUGCAAUGCAUUAGAAAUCUGCUUCGGUCUGCGUUAUUUCGUAAGCUAACAGGAACAAAGAAUUGCAAAGGAUGAAAUCUAUAAUGAAUGUUAAUACAUGUUUGUAAGUUUGAUUAAAAGUGCAAUUCAAAUUAUUCUUUCGUGCUAGCAAUUGUUUCAUACUUUUUUUUUUAUCGCGAAGUCACUAUAUAUACUUUUCUGCAGGACUGAGAGCGUUCUUCAUGUAAAAAGAUUAAUAAAUAUAUAAAUAUGUUUAAUGCGA